AUGAAGGGCUUAUUCGGCCUGGCGUUGCUUCCGCUGCUUACAGCUGCCUCACCUAUGGUAGUGGACUCCAUCCACCACGGAGCAGCCCCCAUCAUCUCCUCUACCAACGCCGAGGAGGUCUCGGAUUCUUACAUCGUUGUGUUUAAGAAGCAUGUCGACCCGUCGGCUGCGGCCGCUCACCACAGCUGGGUGCAGGACAUCCACUCCACCCAGGGCCGCAUGGAGCUGAAGAAGCGAUCGCUCUUCGGCUUCGAGUCCGAUGCCUUUACGGGCAUGAAGCACACCUUCCACGUGGCUGGUUCACUGAUGGGGUAUGCCGGUCAUUUCCACGAGGAUGUUAUUGAGCAGGUUCGCCGCCACCCGGAUGUUGAGUACAUUGAGAAGGACUCUAUUGUUCACACCAUGAGCUCCAUUGAGAAGAACGCUCCCUGGGGUCUGGCUCGUAUCUCCCACCGGGACAGCCUCUCGUUCGGUACCUUCAACAAGUACCUCUAUGCUGAGGAGGGCGGUGAGGGUGUCGAUGCCUAUGUAAUUGACACCGGUACCAACACUGAGCACGUUGACUUCGAGGGCCGCGCCAACUGGGGCAAGACCAUUCCCGAGAACGAUGCUGAUGAGGAUGGCAACGGCCACGGCACUCACUGCUCUGGCACCAUCGCCGGUAAGAAGUACGGUGUUGCCAAGCAGGCCAAUGUCUACGCUGUUAAGGUGCUACGCUCCAACGGCUCCGGCACCAUGUCCGAUGUCGUCAAGGGUGUCGAGUGGGCUGCCGAGGCUCACAUCAAGAAGGCCAAGGAUGCCAAGAGCGGAAAGGUCAAGGGCUUCAAGGGCAGUGUCGCCAACAUGAGUCUGGGCGGUGGCAGCUCUCGUACCCUUGAUCUUGCUGUUAACGCUGCCGUUGACGCUGGCAUCCACUUCGCCGUCGCUGCUGGCAACGACAACGCCGAUGCUUGCAGCUAUUCCCCGGCCGCUGCCGAGAAGGCUGUCACUGUCGGUGCCUCCACUCUGGCUGAUGAGCGUGCUUACUUCUCCAACUACGGAAAGUGCACUGACAUCUUCGCUCCUGGUUUGAACAUCCUCUCUACCUGGGUUGGCAGCAAGUACGCCGUCAACACUAUCUCCGGUACCUCCAUGGCUUCUCCCCACAUUGCUGGUCUGUUGGCCUACUAUGUCUCCCUGCAGCCCGCAUCUGACUCGGCCUUUGCUGUCGAGGAGAUCACUCCCAAGAAGCUCAAGGAUGCUCUGAUCACCAUUGCCACCUCCGGUGCCCUGACUGACAUUCCUUCCGACACUCCUAAUCUCCUUGCCUGGAACGGUGGUGGUUCCUCCAACUACACCGAGAUUCUCGCCAAGGGUGGCUACAAGUCCCGCUCCACUGGUACCUCUGUUGAGGACAUUGAGACUCGCAUCAGCGGUCUUGUCAACAAGGCCGAGAAGGUCAUCGACCAGGAGCUUGGUGCCAUCUACAGUGAGAUCAAGAAGGCCGUUAUCGUCUAG